UCAGUUAUCCUUAUCCUUAUUAGCGAUUGCUUCUAAUCGCGAGACAAAAGUUGAAGGAUGAUGAUUUAAUUGCCGGCAAAGAUUCGCGCCUGCUGCUGUCUGGAUAGUCUGGACUAAUUUUGCGCGUUCCAGAUCGAGGUUCAUGGAACCGUACUUCAUAAAGUCCUUGAUGUUCAAGAGGACUCCGUCCAGGAUUCCAGCUGCAAAAGGCACAUUAGGCUCCGCACUGAAAAUAAUUCUUGCUGGAGAGCAGAACAGGGGCAUCACUGCUUCAAACCUUGAGUUCUCCAGCGCCAAUUUAUUUGCGAAGCUGGAUUCUCAUGUCGAGCUCGUCUCUCGCCUUGGUGGGGUUCAUGUGGAGAAAUGCGAUCAUACGGGAAUUGUUGUACCAGUUCAAGCAUUCUCUGGCGAGAAUCUGGUCGUAAGGAUGCGGAGCUUUCAAGGCUUUAUCUUUCUUGUUGGCAUUCUCGCAGAGCUCCCAGAUUGGUGUUGGUGGACGUGUCGCCGGGUAGAAUGGUGUCACGAAUUCGUGCACUACUGCACGAGUGUAGUGCAAUUUUUUAGGCUUGGUGAUAUUUAUUUUUCCACGGAAUCGCUUUUGGACCACGUCGACUUGCUGACGGAUUUUUAG